ACAGAGCUCAGUGUGACCCGGGGAGCGCAUUCACCGCAUCUACCAGCCCAGCCCGGGUAUCCAGCCAGAUAUUAUGCAGACAUAGCCCUGAAGUAUUUGAUGCCUUCAUCUUUUCUGAAGAUUGUGUUACCAAAGAUAUAAGAAACAUGGAAACAAGUUUUACAGAAUGUUGCAAAACAGUUCACAAACUAAGAAAGCCACAGAGCAAACUUGUGCAAAAUUCAAGAGAGGAAUCACACUUUUGUGAAGCAGGAAAUCUCACAGGCUCCCACAUUAAUGGACCUAAACAACAUGCACAGAGACCUCUUUCUACUCCUAUUAAGACGGAAUCAUACUCGGAUGACGAAGUAAAUCUCACUGGCAUAUAUACAAGCUCUGGUCAUAAGCCAGAAUAUACAUAUUCAGUUAAAGAAGAGUCAGCUUUACAUCAAUUAGGAAAUGUCAUAGGUGUUAACAUGUGUAUACCUUUGGAAUAUUCACAAACAGAUUGUACAUCUACGCAUCUAAAGGAGGAAUCCGCCUCAUAUGAAGAACAUCUUAUCACUGACACUAACAUCUAUACACCCAGAGAACACAAAUCUGCUUACAUACAGGAGGAAUCGUUCUCAAAUAAUGACAAAAAUAUCUCAGCUACAAGACAUUACACAUCAGCGGAAUAUUUAUCUACUCAUAUUAAGAUGGAAUCAGUCUUGUGUGAAGAACAAAUAAGCAUAGACACUGACAUUUGUACAGCCACAAAACUUAAUUCUACUUAUAUAAAGGAGGAAUCUGCCUUAAGUGAAGAUUCUAUACAAACAGAAUAUACAUUUGCUUCCCUUAAGGAUGAACCAGUCUCAUGUGAAGAAACUAUUACAAAUUCUGGCUUAUGUAUAACCAAAGAACACACACAGACAGAAUAUACAUCUAUGCACAUGAAAGAGGAAUCUGGUGAUGAUGAAAAUGGGAUACUCGCAGGCAUUGCCAUUUAUACCUCCACAGAACAUACACAGAAAGUAUAUACACCUACUGACAUUAAGGAGGAAUUCAGUGCUGAUGAAAAUGGAACAUUUAUAGACCCUGACAUUUCUAUACCGGUAUAUGCAGACAUAGACUAUACAUCAAUUCAGAUUAAGGAGGAGCCAGCCUUCUGCAGAGAAGACACUGUUACAGAAACCGAAUAUACAUCUAAUAAUAUUGCAAGGGACGGAAAAAGGAACCACUCUAAGCAGAGAACAUAUAAGAAAUUAGUGGAAAUAAAGUGCAGUGAAUGUGGUGAGGCAUUCAAUAGUGAAUCCAGUUAUCAUGCUCAUCAAAUGAAACACAGCUCAGAGAGGCUGCAUGGCGACUCUGAAUGCCAGAUGUGUAAUAAUUAUUCUAAGCUUGUUCAAAACCAGAGGGUUCGCAAAGGAAAGACGUUGAUUUGUCCUAAAUGUGGAAAACAGUUUUCUAAGAAACCUUUGAGAAGGCAGAAGACAGGAAAAAAAACUUCUAGUAAUUCAAAACUUGUUAGAAAUCGGAAGUCUUACUCAGGGGAAAAACUAUUCGUAUGUUCUGACUGUGGAAAAGGAUUUACAUGUAACUCAAAUCUUAUUACACAUCAACGGAUUCACACAGGGGAGAAACCAUUUUCAUGCUCUGAAUGUGGGCAGUGUUUUACCACUAAAUCAAAUCUAAUUACCCAUCACAAGAUUCACACCGGAGAGAAACCAUUCUUUUGUUCUGAUUGUGGGAAGUCUUUUUCAAGGAAAACAGAACUUGUUUCACAUCAAAAGAUUCACACAGGAGAGAAACCCUUCUCGUGUUCUGAAUGCGGGAAAUGUUUUUUGAGAAAAUCUGAACUUGUUAAACAUUUGAGGAUUCACACAGGAGAAAAGCCAUUCUCAUGCUCUGAAUGUGAAAAAAGUUUUUCAAGUAAAUCUAAUCUUGCAACACAUCAAAAAAUUCACACGGGAGAGAAACAUUUCUCAUGUUCACAAUGCGGGAAGUGUUUUGCAACCAAGUCAUAUCUUGUUACACAUCAGAGAACACACACGGGGGAAAAACCAUAUUUAUGUAAUCAAUGCGGGAAAUAUUUUUCCAGUAGUGCAAACCUUAUUACACAUCAGAAGAUUCACAAAGGAGAGAAACCAUUCUCAUGUUCUGAAUGCGGAAAAUGUUUUUCAAGUAAUGGAAAUCUUGUGACGCAUUCCAGAAUUCACACAGGAGAGAGACCGUUCGCAUGUUUAGAAUGUGGAAAAUGCUUCUCAAAUAAAUCGGUUCUUAUUAUACAUAGGAGAAUUCACACAGGAAGAAAACAGUUUUCAUGUGCUGAAUGUGGAAAAUGUUUUCAUGAUAAAUCAAAUCUUGUUCAGCAUCAGAGGAUUCACACAGGAGAGAAACCAUACUCAUGUCCUGAUUGUAGCAAAGCAUUUAGUUCCAAAUUAGGCUUUGUUAAACAUCAGUGGAUUCACACAAGAUAGAUGAUCGUAUUGUGUUUAUUUACCCCAAAUUGUAGUAUAUUGAAAUUCAAAUGGCACUAUUCAAACCAAAAGAGCUGAUUUGGAAAAUGAAUCUCCUACCUGGCUAUAGACACAGCUUGGUACAAUUGAGAGUUCAAUGAAUAAACCUCAAUUGUAAUUUUUUUUUUUUUACAAUUUUCAAUGGGGAAUGUUCUUUUACACUCCACCAGUUGCCAAAAACAGCCAAAGAGCAUGUCCUAAUAAGUAAACAUAGUCU